UGUUAACGAUUUGUAUACCUUUGUAAGAGGAAAUAAUUGUAAAGUUAGUAAAAACCAUCGUAAAGGGGGUGAAAACCAUAGAUAAAGUAAAAACAGACAUCUUCAAAAAUAAAGUAACAUAACAAAUAUACUAAUGGAAGAAGUUGAUAAAAUUAUUGUUCAGUCGCUAAAGCAGAUCGGUUGUGAUAUUAGUUAUGAUUGUACGAUGGGCGAUUUUACUCCAACACUUUUGGUGGACACAGUGUCAAAAUGCUUACAAAAGAUUCAACCAUCUUCGAGAUAUAUACCACUCACACUGCCUGAAGGACUUGCAAUGGCGCAGAGAUUCUCCAUAGCUACUACAUUGUCUUCAAUUAUAUCUACGCUUAACUAUCGUGCGGAUAUUGGAUAUCAAACUUUCCUAUACCCCAACGAAGUAGAUGUUCGGAAACUGUUAAUGUUUCUUAUUGAAAAAAUUCCCCGCGAUGAAGAAGCACCUACAACCGAAGUGGGAAAUUUGCCAUGUAAUAUAGAAAUAUGGAGAAAAAAUAUUAAAGAAUCAAUAUUGGAUGGAUUGCACAAACCAUGGACACCGCAAUUCUGUAGAAAUUUAGGAAAUGCUCGAAAUUUUGGAUGUAGUGGUCAGAUAACCAACUUCAAACCACAUCAUAACUUAAUAUUUGUAGUUGAAAACUCGUUAUCUUCACAAAAAGGCCCCUGUUCUCAGCAUAAAACAAUAACAGUUUUUCAACAAACAGCUACACAAAAAUUCGACCUAAUAAGCACAAUUUUACAUCAGAACUCUAUUGAUUUAUAUGUAGGCAAGCCAUGUAGCCACGAAAAUCAACCAAAAUUUGUACCAAAGCAAAAUCAAACCGUGACUGCUCUGUCAAAAUCGGAAAGUUUUGUUUUAAAAAAUGCAACAGACGUAUCGCCUAUUAGCAAUCUCACAGAAGAGAUUAAAAAUUUUAAAGAUCAAAACGCUAAUAUUUUAGCAAUACGAAAAACGUUAACAAAAAAUAUAAAUACAAUUAAAAAUGAACAAGUAGAAGCGCAGAAUGAAUUGGAAAAUAUGCAAGCAGAAGUCAAAAUACAUGAACGCGCUUGUCUUGUUUUAGAUAAUCCAAAAGAAAACACAUCUAAAUUGGAAACUCUUAUUCGAAGCACUUUAGAGCGUCGAAAAAAUCUGGAUCAGCAAUGGCAAGAAUUCCGAAAGCCAAUGUUGAAUACUAUUGAAGGCCUGAGAACUGCUAAACAUUUACUAAAAACUAAGAAUGUAAAAGAAUUUCAGGAAACAAUUAAACAAUUAGAGAUAGCAUUAGAAGAUAAGAAGGCUCAACAAAAACAACUUGCCACAGAACUGAGAAUGAUUGCAAAUGAUGGGGCAGCUCCCCGUAAAGAAUAUAUAAAUAGAAUAUUGGAGUUUAUUUCGAAUAUACGAAAACAACGAAACGAUAUUUAUAAGGUUCUAGAUGACACUCGGGAUUUGCAGAAACAGCUAAACUCUUUAUCGGCCCAAUUACAGCGGCAAUUCUGUUAUACGGAUGAUUUGCUCUUUCAGACUGCCAAACACGAUGUACAUUCAAAAGUUGCGUACAAGCUUCUUGCCACAUUACAUUCCACUUGCAAUGAACUUGUUGAACUCGUUUCAAAAACAGGAAAUGUAACUAAUACAUCACGAGAAAUAGAAGUUCAGAUAGAUCGUGAAAAAACAAAGAAUGUAACUGUGCGUUUACAACAAAUAACAGAAGACAUAGAAAAUUUUGGUAAUUUAAUACAAAAUCUGCGAACUGAAAUUCACGAUAUAGAAAACGAAAUUUCGAAAGCUUGAAUCACAAAGUAGUUAUACUUAUAUGGAAUUAAUAUUGGAGAUCAUAUUGUU